CACUGGAAACAACUCAGGAAACGCAAAGUUUCAUUUUCCACUUGUAGAGAAACAGACGGAGUGACGUUUGCCUUCAUAGUAAUCUCACAACCUCCACUGAGAGAGGACACAACUGGGAUACUGCUGCUCCAAACCGCUGCUGACUUCACACACUGAAUUUUGCUGUCUGCCUGCUUUGUUUUCAGCAUUUUACAAACACAAUGGCUUCCAUACCAGAGGAGGAUCUCUCCUGUUCUGUCUGCCACGACAUCUUCAAAGAUCCUGUCGUCCUGUCGUGUAGCCACAGCUUCUGUAAAGACUGCCUGCAGAACUGGUGGGGAGAGAAACAAAUACAGGAGUGUCCAGUUUGUAAGAGGAGGUCGUCAAGGAGCGAUCCACCUGUUAGUUUGGCGUUAAAGAACCUGUGUGAGGCCGUCUUACUGGAGAGAUCUUCAGAGACUCUCUGCAGUCUGCACUCUGAGAAACUCAAACUCUUCUGUCUGGACCAUCAGCAGCCGGUGUGUGUCAUCUGCGUGUGUUCAAAAACACACAACGACCACAGGUUCAGACCCAUCAGUGAAGUUGCACAGGAUCACAAAGAGGAGCUGCAGAAGUCCCUGAAGCCCUUACAGGAGAAACUGAAGCUCUUCAAACAAGUUAAAGGAAACUGUGAUGAAACAGCAGAACACAUGAAGGUCCAGGCCCGACACACUGAGAGGCAGAUUAAGGAGCAGUUUAAGAAGCUUCACCAGUUUCUAGAAGAGGAAGAGGAGGCCAGGAUGGCAGCACUGAGGGAGGAAGAGGAGCAGAAGAGUCAGGUGAUGAAGGAGAAGAUGGAGGUUCUGAACAAAGAGAUAGCAGCUCUUUCAGACACAGUUAGAGCAACAGAGGACGAGCUGAGAGCUGGAGACGUCUCAUUCCUGCUCAACUACAAGGCUGCAGUGGAAAGAGUCCAGCAGCGCCCCCUGUUGAAGGAUCCACAGCUGCUCUCAGGAACUCUGAUAGACCAGGCCAAACACCUGGGCAACCUCGCCUUCAACAUCUGGAACAAGAUGAUGGACAUGGUCUCCUACACUCCUGUGAUUCUGGACCCAAACACUGCCGAACCAGGACUCAUCCUGUCUGAAGAUCUGACCAGUGUGAGACGAGGAGACAAACAGAAACUUCCUAAUAAUCCAGAGAGGUUUGACUCCUCACACCCUGUCCUGGGCUCUGAGGGCUUUAACUCAGGGACUCACAGCUGGGACGUUGAGGUUGGAGACAGUAAAUGCUGGUUUCUGGGUGUGGCAAACAAGUCUGUCCAGAGGAAAGGGAUUACAUGGUCUGGACUCUGGAGAAUAGGAUUCUGUAAAGGUAGAUAUAAAGGCUUCCCAUCAUCAAGCAGUCCAGUCGUCCUCCCAGUGCUGAAGAAGCUCCAGAGGAUCAGAGUGAAUCUGGACUGUAACAGAGGAAUGCUUUCGUUCUCUGAUCUUGAUACUAACACACACAUACUCACCUUCACACACACUUUCCCUGAGAAGCUGUUUCCAUACUUUAGCAAUAGCGGUGAAUUGCCUAUUAAGAUUUUAACCAGACGUGGAUGACGACUAUUAAGAUUUUACAAGAUUUUUUGCGAGACAAUUUUUUUUAGGCCGAUUUUUCUAACUUACUUUUUUUUUGUCUCUUAGGGGAAACAGGUGGAAAAAAAUUUAGGCUGAUUUUUCAAAGUUUCUGUUGCCUAGCAACACAAUGCCGUUGAAACGUCUGUACAGACCUUGUGUUUAGAGUGCAUGGAGAAAUUAAAUCUCACCCUGAAGAAAACCUGAAUGCUACUUAGAAAGUAGUAGUGGUGCCCUCUGGUGGUCGAAGCAAGUAUUACAACAACAAACACAAUCUGUUUUCCCUAAGAGG